AUGCCGGUCGACCCAACGAUUCAAGCCUUGCUGGAUGCAAUGGCCAAGCAACAAAAAGCAGCCGAUCAAAGAAUCAAAGCCCUGCUGAAGCAGAUUGCAGCGCAACAGCCAGCGGUCCGGCAGCCAGCGAUGCCAGCUUACUCGCUGCACAAGGACCUUGCUGAACGCAUGGAAAAGUUCGCUUACAGCGCUGAGGACAACGCGACGUUCGAGCAUUGGUAUGCGAGGUAUGAAACAAUUUUCACGGUAGACGCAGCGAUGAUGGACGAUCAAGCGAAAGUCAGCUUACUAACUGAGAAGCUCUCCACCAUAGAUUUCGAUAGGUUCGCGAACACCAUUCUUCCCCGCACCAAGGCUAACAUUCCGUUCAACGACGCUGUGACCGCGCUCAAGCAAAUCUUCGGCCGUAAAGAGUCACACUUUGCUCUCCGAUACAAGUGUCUUAAAGUCGCGAAGAAACCUCAUGAAGAUUAUGCCGAAUACGCUGCUCGCGUCAAUCUCAAGUGCGAGAAAUUCAAUAUCGCAAAUUGCUCCGCUGACGACCUCAAGGUGCUCAUUUUUGUGCAGGGACUCAACAAGCCAGAAGAGUCGCAAACGCUAGAAAAACUGUUGAACAAGAUGGAGAGCCAGGAGAUGCAACGAGAGGCGGCAGCCGACGCGGCCAGAGAACUGAUCCCCAAACUUAAGCUGGGGGACGUGGUAAAUUUUGCAUCGCGUUUGAGCAGCCUGAGAUUGGAGAAGUCAAUGGUGUUAGAGCCAGAAGCUGCAAAGCUGAGCGACGUACUGACAAUCCAGCGGAGGCGGCGUACAAAGGGCAACAAGCAGAGUUCGAACAGCAAAUUGAGAGAGAGUACCAAGACGACGGCGCUAGCGGGCCGCAGUGGGGAGGCCGUCAAGGCGCGUUUUCCGUGCUGGAGCUGCGGUGAAAUUCAUUUUCCGAGCGAAUGUUCUUUCCUAACCAAGCAGUGCCCGACAUGUAAGCGCACCGGCCACAAGGAGGACUACUGCGAAUCAGCUGGCCGGAAGCCACGUUUCGGACGGCAAAGCAGCAAAGCGGUAAGCACGAUGCCCGUGUCGACUCGCAGAUUUGUCGAACCCGAGAUUGGCAACACCAAGCUAAAACUGCAACUCGAUUCCGGAUCUGAUUGGACGAUCAUCUCGUCCGCUAACUGGAGAACUCUCGGAUCACCCAAGCUAUGCAAUUGCGAGGAGCAGGCUUUUAGUGCAUCAGGUGACCCACUCAAGAUGCUAGGUAAAUUCAAUGCUCGUUUGAAGUUGCACGAGAAUUCCGGACCGUGUUAUGUCGCAGCAUCGAACCUCAACGUACUCGGGAGCGACUGGAUGAAAGCGCUCGACCUGUGGAACAUACCAAUCGCUAACAUUUGCAACUCUUUUAUCGCUGUUGAUGCAGCGGGUCUGGAGAAGGAAGUAAAGUCGAAAUUUCCAGCCCUAUUCUCCGAUUCGUUGGGCCGCUGCAAUAAAAUAAAGGCGUCGCUAACUUUGAAACCGGGAUCACAGCCCGUUUUCCGUAAUAAACGCCCGGUUCCAUUCGCCGCGGCUGAGCAAAUCGCCAACGAGCUGAAGCGUCUGCAGCUGAUGGGCGUCAUUAGUCCCGUCGAAUACUCCCGAUACGCCGCACCGCUCGUCGCUGUCAAGAAAAAAGACGGCAGAAUACGGCUUUGUGGCGACUAUUCCACUGGACUCAACGAUGCUCUUGAACCGAACCAGUACCCACUGAAAACACCAGAAGAAAUUUACGCAAAGCUAUUUCAAUAUCGUAUCUUCAGCAAAAUUGAUUUCUCGGACGCUUUCUUGUUGGCCGUGGAACUCGACGAUGAGGCCAAAAAACUGAUGACGAUCAAUACACACUGUGGUUUGUUUCAAGUAAACCGUUUGCAACCCGGCAUCAAGACAGCACCAGGAACGUUCCAGCAAUUAGUUGACACAAUGAUGAGCGGUGCAGGUGAUUACGGUUUUCACCUUAAGUUCGAGAAAUGUUCAUUUGCGCAAAAGCAGCUAGAGUUUCUCGGCAAUAUCGUCGAUGCCAAUGGCAUACGACCGAACCCUGAAAAAAUUCAAACACUCAAGCGUAUUCCAUCGCCAAAAGACAUUCAACAACUUCAAGCCUUUCUCGGAACAGUAACAUGGUAUGGAAAAUUUAUUCCGCACCUAAAGGAUCUCAGAGGACCAUUAAAUGAGCUGCUCCGUGCUGACGUCAAGUUCGAGUGCCAGCUAGCUCAUCAGGAAGCUUUCGAAAAGAUCAAGAACGUCCUCACUUCCGAUUUGGCCCUUACACACUACGACCCGUCAAAGAAAAUCAUCGUGGCAGCGGACGCGUCAAGCUAUGGUAUGGGAGCGGUGCUUCUCCAUGAAAUUCCAGAUAGGACUCGUCGACCGGUCAUGCAUGCCGCAUCCUUAUUUAGCAAAGCUGAGAGAAACUACCCACAAGUUCAACGGGAAGCUUUGGCUCUGACGUUUGCAAUCCGCAAGUUUCACCGGUAUAUAUAUGGUCGCAAGUUCGAGCUCCAAAAAGACCAUCAGCCACUUCUUGCCAUCUUCGGAUCGAAGGGAGGCAUUCCCGUUUUCACCGCUAGCCGCUUGCAGCGGUAUGCACUUAUUUUGCUCGCCUACGACUUUGAGAUCCGCUACGUCAACACUAAGAACUUCGCAUAUGCCGACUUUAUCUCGCGACUCAUCGAGAAGCAUGAGCGAUUGGACGAGGACGUCGUCAUCGCUUCAAUAAUUGCAAACGAGAGUACGAGGAAAGAACGAAUUAUAAACGACCCGAGGAGGGUGAGCAAAAAGGCGAACGGGAAGGACGGAGCUGUGCCGGAAAAGUCUUCCGGUAUUCAAGGCGCCCUCGGAAUGUAUUCUCUAGUUAAUGAAGACGCCAGCGCCGGAUGCUUUGCCAUCAAAACAGCAAGAACCCUUCCGGUCACAUUUGAGGUCAUGAAGGUCGAAACCAGCGAGAACGACGUGAUGAAGCAGCUGCUCUCAUACGUCGAGAAUGGUUGGCCGCAGCACCCGAAGCAAAUCCAAGAUACGGCCGUCGCUAAAUUCUUCCCUAGACGCGACUCGUUGAUUGCCAUUGGGGGCUGCAUUUUCCUUGGCGAUCGCAUCGUUAUCCCGGAUUGUUACCGACAUAUGAUUCUCAAGGAACUGCACGCUGGACACCCAGGAGUGGCCCGCAUGAAACUGCUCGGCCGCAGUAAAGUUUACUGGCCGGGCAUUGACAAUGACAUUGAAAGAGCUGUCAAAAGCUGCGAGCAAUGCGCCGUUAACUCCAGGACGCCGAUCAAGUGCACGCUAAGAUCAUGGCCGAUUCCGAGAGCCCCAUGGUCGCGCAUCCACAUCGACUUUGCCGGUCCAGUAAAUGGAUUUUAUUAUUUGGUCAUUGUCGACGCGCUUACCAAUUGGCCCGAAGUUUUCAGAAUGACAGCAGCCACGACGACGAAGACAUUGGAAUGUCUUGAAGAGGUAUUCUCGCGACAAGGACUCUGCAACACGCUGGUCUUGGAUAAUGGGCCACAAUUUGCAUCGAAGGAAUUUGAAAACUUCUGCAUGCAGUAUGGUAUUUACCACAUCAAAACGCCGCCGUAUCACCCGCAGUCAAACGGCCAAGCCGAGCGUUUUGUCGAUUUGUUGAAGACAGGGCUCAAGAAACUCGAUGGAGAAGGAAAUGCUGACAGAGUCCUUCGAAGGUUCCUGUUGUGUUACCGCUACACGCCUUCAUUUGCUCUCGGGCUGAAGUCACCGUUCCAGCUGAUGACGGGCCGAGAAACGAGGUCCACCCCCACCCUGCCUGCGAGGGAAAAGGGGUAG